AUGUUUAAAUUGAAGCGUGGUUCAACGUCGCGUGAAGAUGAUCGAUCACAGCGUCACCGUCACAAAUCGCAUAAACGACGGAGGCAUAAGUCUCGAUCUGAAUCGCGCAGUCGUUCUGUGACAAGAUCUCCGAACGAACGAAAGCCGCCUGUUGUGUACAUGAAUCCCGCAUUUCAACCUGUCUAUGGUGUUCAACCGAUGCCAUCACAAGCCGAAAUCGAAUUACGAUCCACCUUGGUGACGCAGUUGUCAUCAUGUGAACAACGAAUCAGUUCAUUGGAAUCCGAGCUGAGAGCUGCACAGCUGGCGAGAGGACGUGCCGAACAGACCGUAUUCGAUGUGAAUGCAGAAAAAUUACGUUUGGAAUCACACAACGCUGAAAUUGUUCAGGUAAUGAAGACGUUGGAACGUGCUGUAGAGGAAUUGCAGAAGAAUUGUAACGCGUUGAAAAUUGAGAACGAUCGACGUAGACGUGAUUUAGAGAAUGCCGAGAAGACGAUUUCAUCAUGCAAAGAGCAGAAUAACUUUUUGAAUGAACGAAACUCGAAAUUGGUGAAGAAAUGUGAAGGUUUAUGUGAAGAGAAUAAAACUAUUCAUAACAGGCGCGAUGAAUCGGCGAGGGAGUUGGCUGACCUACGACCGCGGAUGGAUAGUAUGCAAGCUGAGCUACGUCAACGAAUUGAAGAAGGAAGGAAAAUGAUAGCUCAACUACGCAGCUUCGAAGAGAAAGAGCGUAUCUGGAAAAAGGAGAAAGGAGACCUAGAGAAGCGAAUCGAAAUCAAAGAUGCCGUCGCAGCGGCCGAACGUAAAAAUAAUGAUGAGUGGAAAAAGAGGAGUUUAGCCGAAAAGGCCGAAUUGGAAAGAAAAGUGAAACUUGCCGAUCCAGAAAUCACAAGGGCACUUGACGCUGUAUGUUGUUUUGUUCUAGGCAUGAGAAAAAAUUAUUCCAUUUUUGCAAUUGAUGAGGUGCGUACGUUUUAUGAACGAAAACUGGAGACAGUAGCGUGUGAGGUGAAUGAUCUGAAGAAGAAGUUGAGUGAUGUCACAAGUGAAUAUCGAUUAAGAACAACGGAUAAUAAUCGGAUCAAGUCAUCGGAUUCAUUUGAAUUUCGCUCGAAUUCCGCACCUCCAGCCACUGAACUGACGAAUGGUUGCGCCCUACUGAACUGUUCAAAUUCAACCAGCAACAGUAGUUGUAGUGAUGUGGCUAUCGCUGAAACAAUAUGA